AUGUCAUAUCAAAUUGGUCGUUUAACAACACUAAACAUCGAUGCUGAAAUUCCACAAACAAAUCUAUCAUGUAAUUUCGAUGACGGUACUCUAUGCAGAUGGCGAUCUGAUUCUGAUCUAUGGCUAAUUGGCGUUAAUAUACCAAUCAAUUCUUAUCAGUUCAUUCCACAUUCCUCAAAUACAAGACAUUUGAUUAGUGCUGAAGUGGAAGAGUAUGAUGACCACCGAGCAAUGUUAUCAUUUAGUUAUUGGAAAACUAAUAAUAUAUCCAAAUUGGAUGUAUGUAUUGUACAACAAAAUGCCUUUAUUUGCACAUAUACAACUCCUGAUACAGUUGACAAUGAAUUGCAAUGGAUAAGACAAAAAAUUACUCUUUCCAAUAGUUUGUCAACACCAUUUAAGAUUGUAUUUCGAGCACGAAAUAUUUAUACACCAUCAGAUAUUGUGGCUAUCGAUGAGAUCGAAUACAACAGCAACGAUUCUCCAAAGGCAUUUAUAUCAUCAUCGAUUUCAAGAAAUGAGAUUUGGGAAAAGAUUUUACCAAAUAAAAGAGCAAUUUAUACCUCAUGCAUUCCCAUUCAAUGCACAUUUAUUAAUUCAUCAACCUGUGCAUGGACAUUGGAAGCUCCAUGGCAUCAAUUGGAAGGUAAUAUAGCAAUUGAUAGUGAAGGUGAAGGUUUGGCGAAAAGUGGUUUUUUCUCGGUUCCAGCUGAAGCAUUCUUUGAAAUGGAUGUUUGGAUGAGUGAUAACGCUUUGUUGACUGUUUUGGAAAAUAUGGGAAAUAAAUUGAUGAUUUGGAGUCGAAAAGGAUCAUCAUACAAUGGAAAUGGAUGGUAUCGUUUACGAAUUCCAUUAAAAGAAAGCGAAAAACCAAUUCAAUUAUUAUUGAAAGGAACAGUGCCAUCAAAUAAUUUCAUAACUGUUUCUAAUACUAAACUUGUGAAUAGUAAUGGGAAUGAAAUUCGCUGUGGUAUGAAUACUCUAAAUUCUAUCAAAUCUCAUUUUAACAAUAUUGAACGAUUGACUGCAUUUCAACAACUAUACACAAAUGAGAUAAAAUCAACGACAAAGAUUUUGAAAGAGGAAGAUAGCAAAUCCACUCGAGCAAUUACUAAUAAUAUCAUGCAAACACAGAAUUUCUAUAAUCGAACAUCUUUUACUGCACCGAUGAUAAACUCGAAUUAUUCUUUAUCUUCCAAUCCGAAAAUUGAAGAAAUUCGAAAACCAUUAUUGACAAAUGACAAAAUCGGAAAAUUUUUGAAGAAUCAAUCUGCGCUUCCAUUUGAAAUCAUAGAUGGUUCUACGAUACAACAACAACAUAAGCUGCACUCUACCCUUUCAUUACUACCAUUUCGACAGCAUGACGGUAUUGACCAUAAAUCUGUCACCAUUAUCCACUCAUUACCAAGCCCUAUUAUAAAUCAAUAUACGAGAUCUAAUGUCCCAGUAAAACAUAACAUUAUGAAAGAAUUAAAUGCACUGCAAUCGCAAAUUGGUGGGCAACCCGCUUUGGAAAUGCAACUCCGGCAACUUGCACAACGUUUCGGAUUCAAUCAAGUUGACGCCGGGCAGAAUUUGGAAUUAUUGAAGAGUGUUAUGCAUUCAAAAGGAUUGAAGCCCAAAGUAUCAGACUUAUCCGUUGAUAUUGAUCAAGAACAAAAUAAAAAGCUUGAACCAAUAAGGCCUAUUAAUAAUAUAUCCUAUUUCAUACCGGUAAAAAUUCCCAUUGUGCAAAAAAUAAAUGAUAUCGUGAAUUAA